AUGGCCUCCUUCGCAACUGGGAUUUUACUCCUCACACUCCUGCACUUAUCUUCCCUCUUCAACCACCUCGAAGCAAAGCACGGCAGCCCAACCGGCCGCCACCGCCACCAUAACCACGUCUCCACCUUUUCCAACCCCAGACUCCACCAAGCCUACCUGGCUCUCCAAGCAUGGAAGAAAGUCAUCUACUCCGACCCCAACAACUUCACCGCCAACUGGUUCGGCCCUUCCGUCUGCCACUACACCGGCGUCUACUGCGCUCCGGCUCCCGACGAUCAUAAACUCCAAACCGUGGCCGGCAUUGACCUGAACUUCGCCAACAUAGCGGGGUCUCUCCCCGACGAACUAGGCCUCCUGUCCGACCUCUCUCUUCUUCAUCUCAACAGCAACCGCUUCUGCGGAAUCAUCCCAUUGACUCUCUCUAAUCUCACUCUCCUCUUUGAGCUUGAUCUCAGCAACAACAGAUUUGUAGGACCUUUCCCUUCUGUGGUGCUCUCCCUCCCCACCCUGCGGUUCCUUGAUCUUCGGUACAACGAGUUCGAGGGAGCGAUACCUCCCGAGCUUUUUAACAAAAAUCUUGACGCGAUAUUCGUCAACAACAACUGGUUUACCUCUGUGAACAUCCCAGCGAGUUUGAAUGGCGGGACGGCUUCGGUUGUUGUGUUCGCGAACAACAAGUUUGGGGGGUGUUUGCCGCCGAGCAUCGCCAAGUUUGCGCAUACUUUGGAAGAACUUUUGCUGAUAAACACGAGUUUGACAGGGUGUUUGCCGCCGGAAGUGGGGUUUUUGUACAAGCUGAAGGUGUUGGAUGUGAGCUUCAACAAGCUGGUAGGUCCUAUACCGUAUAGCCUGGCAGGGUUAGCUCAGUUGGAGCAAUUGAACAUAGCCCAUAAUAUGAUGAGUGGGGUUGUGCCGGAGGGGAUUUGUGUUUUGCCGGAUUUGGGGAACUUCACAUUCUCUUACAACUUUUUCUGUGAGGAGGAGGGGGUGUGUGGAAACUUGACAUCUAAAGGUACUGUGUUCGACGAUCGCCGGAACUGCUUGCCGGAGAAGCCGCUUCAGCGGAGCAAGGAGGAUUGCGAAGCGGCGCUUGAGCACCCUGUGGAAUGCUUUGAGUAUCACUGUGGUGGUGGUGGUGGUGGUGGGAGUGCAAUGCCUGUUGCAGCACCCCUAAUUUCACCUUCUGGCCAUUAG